UCAUCAUAUAAGGACUAACCACAGGUGAUUGGAUUAACGUUUCUCAAUCUAUAAACAAUAAAUUUUCAUCUAGAAAAGUAAAAAUUAUACUAGUUGGGGAUAUGGUCUAACAGCCUAAUGAAAAGUAAAAAUCUAUAGUAAGCAUGUAAACUCUGUCCUUACAUAGCUGACAAAAUAGUCAAGAAUAUGAACAUGAAGAAAAGCUAGCUAGAUUACAGAAGCUUUUCUCAAUGGCAACUCUUCUUCUAUUGCUCCUUUUAUUAGCGCUCUUAUUUUCAUUUCAGCAAAUUUCAUUUGCAAGGGAUACCAUUAGCUCUACUCAAUUCCUCAGAUAUGGUGACACCAUUGUUUCAUCUGGUGGAAUCUUUGAGAUGGGAUUUUUUAGCCCUAUCAAUUCCCAGAAUAUCUAUGUUGGCAUAUGGUACAAGCGCAUACCCAUUCGCACUGUAGUUUGGGUUGCCAAUAGAGAUUCUCCCCUCUCUAAUACAUCAUCAGUAGCCUUGCAGAUCAUCAGUCCAGGCUGGCUAGCUCUAGUUGAUGGCAACGGCGCUGAUAUCUGGCAUACUAACACUUCUAGACAAGUCCCAAAUGCGGUUGCUAAAUUAUUGGAUUCUGGUAAUCUGGUAGUGAUCGAUGCAAAUGAUGAUAACCCAGAGAGUUUCUUGUGGCAAAGUUUUGAUCAUCCUACAGAUACUCAUUUGCCAGGCAUGAAACUCGGGAAGAAUUUCAUUACUGGUCUUGACACAACUUUAUCGGCAUGGAAGUCAGAAAGCAAUCCAGGGAUGGGGGAAUAUAAACUUGGUGUUGAUCCUGCAGGAUGUCCACAACUCAUCUUAAGAAAAGGUAGACAGGAAGUGUCUCGAUGGGGACCAUGGAAUGGUUUGCGUUGGAGUGGAUUAUCUGGAAUGUUAAAAAAGGGCAAGAUUGCUGAAAUUUUUGUAAUCAUUAAUUCAAAUGAGGUUUCCUUCAAUUAUAAUGUUUAUAAUCGCUCAACUUUGGCCAGGACGAUCCUGUCAAAUGUUGGGAGUGCAGAAAUCUAUGUAUGGGAAGAUGGAAAGGGGGAAUGGAACAGUCUCCGUAAAAUACCAACAGAUGUUUGUGACAAAUAUAGACUAUGUGGGGCAUAUGGGAGUUGCGACUAUAAUAACAACGCUGCUUGUGAAUGCUUGGAUAAAUUUUUGCCUAGAGAUCCAGGAGCAUGGGGCAGGACAGAUUUUUCUGGAGGUUGUGUUCGGAGGACACCCCUAAAAUGUCAAAAUACAUCCUCGGAUGGAUUCGUGAAGUACUCUGGUAUUAAAUUGCCAGAUACUCGGUUUUCGUGGUUCAAUAGCAGUAUGAACCUUCAAGAGUGUGAGCAAGUUUGCCUGAAUAAUUGCUCUUGUAUGGCUUACUCAAGUUUAGAUAUAAGCAAUGGACAAAAUGGCUGCUUGCUUUGGUUUGGAGAUUUGAUUGACAUUAAAGUUCUACCUGUGGAUGGGCAAGAUCUGUACAUAAGGAUGGCUUCUGCUGAUUUAGAUUAUCCUUCAAGCUCAAAGGGAAAGAAAUCAAAAGUAAUAAAAUUGUGUUCAUCAGUAUCGGUUGGAAUUCUGGUGCUAAGCUUGAUCCUGACUUUGAUCAUAAUAUUGUACAAACGGAAAAGGAGGGAGUACCACUUAAAGUUAAAAUGGGAAGAAGAGCAAGCAUUAUUUGAAGUAUGUACAAUAACAAGAGCUACUCAUAACUUUUCACUCGAGAACAAGAUUGGAGAGGGAGGAUAUGGGCCUGUUUACAAGGGUGUUUUGGACGAUGGAAAGGAAAUAGCUGUGAAACGGCUUUCAAAGUUAUCUAAGCAGGGGCUUGGAGAAUUUAAAAAUGAAGUCAAUUCUAUUGCUAGACUUCAACAUCGGAAUCUUGUGAAACUUCUGGGAUGGUGCAUUCAAGGUGAUGAAAAGAUGUUGGUCUAUGAAUAUAUGCCAAACAAAAGCCUCGACUCAUAUAUAUUUGAUGUUCAAAAGAGAGCAUUACUUGAUUGGUCGAAACGCUCCAACAUUAUCAAUGGAAUUGCUAGAGGGCUUUUGUAUUUGCACCAAGAUUCUCGACUAAAAAUUAUUCAUAGAGAUCUCAAAGCUAGUAACAUUUUGUUGGAUAUUGAUAUGAACCCAAAAAUAUCAGACUUUGGCUUGGCAAGGAGCAUUGGUUUAAAUGAGACGGGAGCGAAUACAAACCGAGUUGCUGGAACACUUGGUUACAUGGCGCCGGAGUACGCAGGACAUGGAAUAUUCUCUAUUAAAUCAGAUGUGUUCAGCUUUGGUGUCUUGGUAAUAGAAAUUGUGAGUGGGAAAAGAAAUAGGGGUUUUUCUCAUCAUCAAGAUCACUAUGAGAACCUUCUUGGCCAUGCAUGGAAGCUUUAUAGAGAUGGUAAAUUGAUUAAACUUGUCGACAAGCAUUUGGAUGAACCACGCGAUUUGCCCCAAGUUCUAAGGUCCAUCCAUGUAGGCCUUUUAUGCGUUCAACAUUGCCCUGAAGAUAGGCCAGACAUGUCUUCUGUAGUUCAUAUGUUGGCGAACGAUGUCGAGUUACCCAAUGCUAAAGAGCCUGGUUUCUUCACAGAAGGAAGCAUAAUUGGGGGUAAAUCUUCCUCAAGCACAGAAAUGUCAUGUUCUAUAAAUGAAGUCACCAUGUCAUCACUCGAUCCUCGUUAAAAAGAUAUCAUGUUCUAUAAUUUUUAUUUACCUCAAACUUGUAUUUUCUUUAUGAACUUCAUAGGGAAUACUUGUGACAUUGUGUAUGAAGUUGAACAAAACUUUUAUAGUAAAAUAGCUUUAUUGGAAAUUU